UCUCUCUCUCUCUCUCUCUCUCUGAUGGAGAAGAAAGACGUGAAUGAGCCACUUCUGUUGUCGGCGGCGGAGCAGAGCAGAGGCUCCGCCGUGUCCCUAACCUCCUCAAUCGGAGACGCCGACAUAGGUCCGAUCUCCGGCGUCGGAGACUUCGCAAGGGAGUUCAACGUAGAGUCGAAGAAGCUGUGGUCUCUUGCGGGGCCCGCAAUCUUGACGUGUGUGAGUCAGUACUCACUCGGAGCAGUGACUCAGGUCUUCGCCGGACACAUCAGCACCCUCUCCCUCGCCGCCGUCUCCAUCGAAAACUCCGUCAUCUCCGGCUUCUCCUUCGGCAUCAUGCUGGGGAUGGGAAGCGCGUUGGAAACGCUAUGUGGACAAGCGUUUGGAGCCGGCAAGCUGUCGAUGCUCGGACUAUACCUGCAACGCUCGUGGGUGAUCCUACACGCAACCGCGAUUGUCCUCUGCCUCAUGUACGUCUUCGCAACGCCGUUUUUAGCGUUCAUCGGACAAACGCCGAAUAUCUCCCGAGCUGCCGGCCUCUUCUCCCUCUACAUGAUCCCGCAGCUCUUCGCCUACGCCCUCAACUUCCCGGCGUCGAAGUUCUUGCAAUCUCAGAGCAAGAUGGCAGUCAUGGCGGUGAUCUCGGCGGCGGCGCUUGUGCUCCACGCGCUGUUCAGCUGGGUGGCCGUGGCUAUUCUUCGGUGGGGGCUGGAGGGCUUGGCGGUGGCGCUGAACGGGUCGUGGUGGUUCAUCGCCGUGGGUCAGAUCGUUUACAUACUGUGCGGCACGUGCGGCGAGGCUUGGACGGGCUUAUCUUGGGAGGCGUUCCACCAUCUUUGGAGCUUCGUUAGGUUGUCUCUUGCCUCUGCUGUCAUGCUCUGUUUGGAGAUAUGGUAUUUCAUGGCACUCGUACUGUUCGCGGGAUAUCUGAAGAACGCCGAGGUCUCCGUUGCCGCAUUAUCCAUAUGCAUGAACAUCUUGGGAUGGGCCGCCAUGGUUGCCAUCGGGUUCAAUGCAGCCGUAAGUGUGAGGGUGUCGAACGAACUAGGGGCCAACCAUCCGAGAACGGCGAAGUUCUCGCUAGUGGUGGCGGUGAUAUCGUCGACGAUGAUCGGAGUCGGGAUAUCGGCCGUCCUUCUGAUAUUCCGGGAACGAUAUCCGGAGUUUUUCACCGACGACAAAGAGGUCAGGACCGUCGUUAGAGAUCUAACGCCCAUGCUCGCACUCAGCAUUGUCAUCAACAAUGCCCAACCCGUCUUAUCCGGUGUGGCGGUGGGAGCUGGAUGGCAAGCAGUGGUGGCGUACGUUAACGUCGCCUGCUACUACUUGUUCGGGAUCCCUCUGGGCAUGAUUUUAGGGCACAAACUCGGAUUCGGCGUAAUGGGGAUCUGGAGCGGAAUGUUGAUGGGAACGGUAAUCCAGUCGUUAGUUUUGACGUGGAUGAUCCAGAAGACGAACUGGGAAAAAGAGGCUACAAUGGCGGAAGACAGGAUCAGGCAAUGGGGAGGCCACUCCGAUUCCAAGGAGAAUAUAUUGACCUAAUUCUUUUUUUAAUUAUUAUUAUUAUUAUAAUAUAUGAUAUUCAUAGGGCGAAUUCUAUCGUUUUCGUUUUCCCGACAAACAGUUUUACCCAUUUGGUUUUUC